CGUUAAUUUUCUCUAGAUUUCGAUUUGCGAAAUAUAUUAAAUUAAGCAAUUUUUUUUUUUCGGUAGCAGGGCAACACUAAAUUAUAUCAAAAUGCUAUUAACGUUCCAUUUGCAAUGAUUCAAUUUUUUACCCAUACAAAGUCAUGGGCAUUUUGGUUUCGUCGUGUCUGUCUUCAACUAUAACUUUUGAACGGGGACUGAUAUACCUUUCAUAUUUUAGGUAUGCAUUCCUUUUGACGUUCCCAAAGUUUAUGACCUUGAACAUGUAACUGUGACCUUGGAAUUUUACCUUCUUUUAAGAAAAGAAAUAUAUCAAAAUCAAAAUAUGUCUUGAACUAUUUAAUUAAGGCUUUCAUAUUUUGUAUAUAUAGAAUAUCUAGACAUAUAUAAAGAAGGAGAGGAGAAGUCGUCAUAGAAGUUGGCUCAUAAUUGUCUAAAAUUCUUGACAUGCAAGCAUGAAAAUAAAUAGAUAAAAAUAUAUACUAGAAAGAUCUAUUUCCUACGAAAGCUCAUUGAGCUCAUUUUCGUAGCUGAUAAAAGAUUCGCGUUAUAGCACGAAAUAUUCGCGAAUAAACGCGUAAUUUCGCGUUAUAUAUAACAAGAAAUAUUCUAUAAAUAUAGUUAUGUAAAACAGGAACCCGUAAUUAGUACAAUGAACGAAGACUGAGGUUUAUGCAUUUAUAUGUAACCUUAAAGUACAGAACUCUAAACACAAGAUAACACGUCUGUCUCGUUUUACACACGAAUAUUUCUGAACGUUUGGCAAAUAUGUUAUUGAAAGUUUUAUUGCAUGCCAAGUAGAAUUCAUAUCAAGAUUUAUACCAGCGUUGCUUAGUCAACAACAGCUUUUAAUACGGAUGCAUAAAAUUUCGUCAAUUGAAAUCAAGCCUUAGAAUGUCAUAGAAUUUCAAAGAAUAAUUGAAUUAUCAACCAAAACGUAUAAUUAACAAAUUAUUUAACUUAUUAUCUCGAUCGAUUAUUUUUUAUCAGCUACGAAAAAGAGCUCAAUGGGAUUUCGUAAUUUCCCAUUGUCCAAACUUCAAAAUUCUAAAUGGGGAGAAGGUUGGCUGGUUCAUCAUAGGUUCAAUUCAUCAUCAUUUCAAGCUUACAUCUUUACAAUAAAAUUACAAUUUUUAUGCUCCCCUUCAAAGAAGAGUGGCAUGUUGCUUUGCACCUGUCGGUUGGUCGGUCGGUCGGUUGGUCAGUCGGUCGGUCGGUCGGUCGGUAGACCACAUGUUGUCCGCUCAAUAUCUUGAGAACCAUUCACUUGAUCGUAAUGGUAUUUCAAAUGUGGGUUGGUUGUGAGCAGAAGAGAACCUCUUUUGUUUUUCAGGUCAAAGGUUAAUCUACUCUGGACAUAGGAAGACACUGUCCGCUCAAUAUCUUGAGAACCCUUUGCUUGACAGACAUUAAACUUGGUACACUGGCACAUACUAAGGAGUAGAUGACCCCUAUUGAUUUUGAGGUCACAUGGCCAUAGGUCAAGAGUCAAACUGGACAUAAGAAUAUACUGUUUGCUCAAUAAUUUGAGAACCCAUUGCUUGACAGACAUCAAACUUGAUACACUGGUACAUCUUCAGGAGAAGAUUACCCCUAUUGAUUUUAAGGUCACAUGGUCAAAGUCAAGGGUCAAACUGGACAUAGGAAUAUACUGUUCGCUCAAUAUCUUGAGAACCCAUUGCUUAACAGACAUCAAACUUGGUACACUGGUACAUCUUCAGGAGAAAUUAUCCCUUUUGAUUUUGAGGUCAUGUGGUCAAGGGUCAAACUGGACAUAGGAGUAUAUUGUCAUCUAUAUUUUAAGAAUUAUUUGCUUGAUUGACACCAAACUUGGUACACUGGUACAUCAUAAGGAGUAGACGAUUCCUAUUGAUUUUUAGGUCACAUGGUCAAUCCACUCCUGGCAUAGGAAGAUAUUGUCUGCUCAAUAUUUUGAAUUGGUGACACUACUAUCAAUCAAAUGAUGCAUGUGUGUAACCCUUUUCAAUUUUGCACCAAGGGGACAUAUAUGUUUUACAAACAUUUCUUGUCAAAUUAAUGUUAAGUAGCACAACAAUCGGCGGGUGUCACCCCCCCCCCCCCCCUCGCUCUACGUGCCUGAAAGACGUAUUAACGAAGACCCCCCUCCCCAAUACAGGGGCGGAUCCAAGAAUUGCUGUUAGAGGCGCAACUUUAUGAGGCAGGGAGUCUGGGGCCGCCUUGAGGCCCCCAGUGAGUCCAGGGCAAAACCCUGGUGGAGGUCCCGGAAGCUCCUGAAUUUUACAGAUUUUAAAGGGCUUCAAAUAUGUCUCCUAUAUAGUAAUUUUUACUACUUUCUGUCAUGUUUGAUAGAGGGAAAUGAAUAAAAUGACGCAAAUUUUAGGGUUUUAAUAGAAAAAAAAAAGUUAGUUCUAAUAAAAGUAAUUCAAUAAAUCAAAAGACUUUGUCAUUUAUUGCUGUGAGAGUGGAAGAAAUUAUUGCUUCUUUUAUCGUUUACAUUUUUCUGAACAAGAGACCACGAUUUACCUUAGAUUUGAUUUUUUUUUUAAAUCCACCACUACAAUGUAUUACAAAGUGUUAAAGGCGGAAAUGAUAAUUUUUAAAUCAUUUGUGAUGUCUCCAGUUAUAUCAUUGAUUUUUAUUUGUAAUAUAGUAAUAUAGGAUGUUAAUUUCAAAUAAAUUCGGGUCCACUGCCAGGAAAUAUAUUACAUAACAUAUUUACAGAAUUUGGAAAGAAGAUAGUAGGCCUGCAUAUAAAUAAAAUUUACACAAUGGAGGUUUAUAAAAAUUCAUACUAAUACUUCGUGCAUCUCAAUCUAAAAGUCGCAUGAGACCUUUUCAAUGUUGAAUAAGUAUUUUUCAUUUCUUUUAUAGUGUACUGCAACUCUAUCUCAUCUGUAUUAAAUUCAUGUACGUUUCCCGUCACCAAGUACACUCGUGGGUGGUCAGCCAGAGUAGGCUUUCAUGACUAGCUGGAAGUAUUUGGCUUGGCCUAUCAAUGAAUGAGAGCGAGAACAUGCACUUAGUAUUCAUUGGAUACAUGUGUAAAAAGAUAAACCAAUAGAAAAUUGUCUUACAUCCGGUUAUUGGAAAUUAUCUUUAACGCCCUUGAAGUACGAUAUUGAAAUCAUUCUUGUUUCAAUUUUUUUUUUAAUUCAUGUAAUGUUUGGAAAUUAUCAAAGUGUUUUGUGAUAUUCUAAAGGUUCUAAAAGCACGAAAAUGGUUUAGUAAGGCCAUAAUUACCAAUGAAAAUCCGAAACUAAAGUCGGCUGUUCUAUUAGCACCCCCGUUCAUUGUGAGUGUAAACACACACAUGCCGAGAUUAUUGGUAGAACGGAUGACGUGAAAAAACCUUUCUUUUUCGUUGGGGAUUAAUUUAUUGGAAUAUGUAAAGAGGGAAAAUGAAUAAUGUUAUAUUUCGAGAAGUAAUAUUUGGAUUUUUUGUUUAUAGUUAGGCCGAAGUUAUUUUUAACUCGACUUUGUUUGAACAAUCGGUGAAAUUCCAACCAGCGGUGGAUUACUUCCAACUUCACAGAAAAUGGCCGACAUUCGAAGACAAGGGGCCGUACAAUUUUGGUUAACAUUGUGUAUAUUUUUUGUUUUGUUCAUGCUUGGCCAUUGUACUCUUGAUCUAGCCUGCAUAGAAGUCAAGAAAGCUUACACGGAGAAAGGUUUAAAUGAAAAUGAAGUUCCCAUUCAAGCGAUUUCAGGAGAUCAUUUAGAGGUCUGUCCUCAUGGAUCAACCUGCUGUACAAGAGAUAUGGAGUCCAAACUGAAAUCUUUAAGUGCCAGGGAAUAUUCUAAAAUUAUAGGAGAUGCUUUUAGAUAUGCCAAAAAUACAUUUGUUACAAGAACUAGAAAAUUUGAUGAAUUCUUCACGGCCCUAUUAGACAAAUCAAAAGCAGAUUUGCAUUCAAUGUUUGUGAAAACAUAUGGAUUACUGUACCAGCAAAAUUCACAUGUAUUUACAAGUUUAUUUCAAGACUUACGGAGCUAUUAUAAGGGCAAAGACAUGAGUCUAACCAGCGCGUUAGAACACUUUUUCAAAAGAUUGUUUAGCAAAAUGUUCGAGUUGCUAUCUGUUCCACACAAAUUUUCGGAUCAAUACUUAAACUGUGUCACAAGUCAGAUGGAAAACUUGAAGCCAUUCGGAGAUGUUCCAGGAAAACUAUCUACGCAGGUUAAAAGGUCAUUUGUUGCUGCUCGUACAUUUGUGCAGGGCCUUGCUAUUGGUCGGGAUGUGAUUAUGGAAGUACUAAAGAUUCCACCCACUGAAGCCUGUAAUAGAGCGCUGAUGAAGAUGAUGUACUGCCCCCACUGCCGAGGACUGACCCAGACCAAGCCUUGCAACAACUACUGUCUGAAUACAAUGAAGGGGUGCCUGGCCUAUCAUUCAGAGCUGAACGAACUUUGGAAUGAUUAUAUUGAGGCUAUGAAGCAGUUGGCAAGUCGUCUUGAGGGGCCAUUCAACAUUGAAUCUGUGGUAGACCCAAUUGAUGUCAAAAUAUCGGAUGCCAUCAUGACACUUCAAGAAAACAGUCCAACUGUCAAAGAUCAGGUUCAUAAUGGAUGUGGGCGACCUAAUCCCCAAAAUAUCAAACACAAGCGUGCAGCCCCUAAAGAACCCCAAGGGGAUGCUGCAGCCAAAGCCGACCCUAAGACUGCCCUCCCAGGUUCCGGUGACAAAGAUUCUGGGUCCUAUAGUCAGUAUGAUGAGUUCUCACUAGGCAAAUACUCUGGUCCUGGUGACCAAGACAAAGCGGUGCGACCCACUACUGCAGCGGGAACCAGUUUAGAUCGCCUGGUGAAGGACAUAAAGGAGAAGGUCCGUGUUGCUAAGGAUUUCUGGGUACAGUUGCCAUACACAGUAUGUAACAACGACCAGAUCGCAGCACAGCCAGGGAAUGAUACUGACUGCUGGAAUGGCAAAGAUAGAGCUCGGUAUGACACACUCGUACAACAAGAUGGCAUUAUGCACCAGAUCAACAACCCAGAGGUUGAAGUCAAUGUAAAUGAGGCCAAUUACAUCAUUGAGCAGCAAAAAAUCCAGCUUAAAAUAAUUACAGGCAAACUGAACAAUGCAUUCAAGGGCGAGGAAGUCACAUGGGUCAAAACAGAAAUUCCAGACAUAUACGGUACCGGAUUUGUUGGUGGCAGUGGAGAUGAUGGGUACAGUGGGAGUGGUGCUCACGACUUGGGUGGUUCAGGAGGGGGGAGUGGAUACAUUGCGAACAGCGGGGAUGGGUCAGAUGGGGAUGAUGAGGACUUCUACCCUCCCAAGUCUUCAGGUAACCAAGGCAACAUGAAUAACUACAAACCACCACAAGUACAGGGCAGUGGUGAUCGUCAUCAUCAUCAUCAUCAUGGCAAAGGUAAUGGUGACAAGGUGAACAUUGUGCCAGAAGGGAAUGAUCCUGUAUAUAAUGUGGGGAGAGUUUCCCCCAGUCCACCACCUUCUAGAGGUCCAAGGAAACCAGAAAAUGGUGGAAUGGCUCCAUCUGUGUCAUGGUGGUGCUUAUCUGUUGUGCUCAUCUUCAAGACUGUGCAGAUCAUCCUGAGUUGAACAUAUUCAUCAAACACACAUGUGAUUAUUAAGACUGGCAAAGGAAAAAAAAAUCAUUGUAUAGAUUGUGUAUAUAUUUAUGAUAUGAUUAUAUCCGUAAUCACAUUAAAUGUAUAACAAAUCAGAGAGGGAAAAAAAAUUACAAAAUUAUUUUUUUCAUUGAAAAUAUGAAUGGCCAGACAAGAGAUAUAACAAAAAAGUUCUGUUGCAACUUGGGCUGGUGCAUUUGAGCAAGUGAUGUGAUAAAUUGAAAUUCUUGUACAAAACUCUCCAGAUGGAGAGUCCAAGCAGAUGGUCAGGUGCCAUAUGCUUCUUCAAACAAACCCUUAAAAAUUCAUUUAGACUGAACAGUCAGAACUGCAAAAUGUUUGAAGAAGGAAAUACAGUUUGUAGUGACCUCAUUUAACUGAGUACAAACAUUAAACUGAGCACAAACAUUAAACUGAGCACAAAGACAGAUAGUUGGAGUAUAGUUGUAUGCUAUCAUACAAACAGAUCUGUGUAUAAUGUGAUUUCUACAGUGAUAUCAUCCGAGGCCAAAGACACAUGAAUGAAAGCCAGCUGUAGGACAGCUGCUGUAACAUCAAGUGCUAUUGUAGAGGGUAAAGUCUAACAUAGACUGAUGUUUAUCAUGUUUCGGAUGUAUAGAAAGUGGAAAGUUAACAUACCUCUGAUUUGCAUUGUUUUGUUUCUCUUUGAUUCAUGUGUAUUAAAAGUGUGUAUAAAUAUAUGUAUUCAUUGUAUUAGUUAUGAUGUUGACAUUUUGAUUAUUUUAGCGUAUAAUCUGAUUAUGUUCAGAACUCUGAUGGAUAAAAAGAGAGGCAAGGAUUGGGAUUUGUUGAAUCACAGUAAUCAAAAAUUAGAAUGUAACUGUCGUUAUUUUCAGUAUUUUAAUUGACCAUUAUUUUACAAUGAAAAUUUGUUCACAUUUUUUUUAAAAUGCUGUCACACAACAACAAACCUCAUGUAUAUUAUAGCAAUGUUUUUUUUUCUAUCUCUCUCUUUUUGCCGCAGUCACAGUGCAACUGUACCAAGAAAGUAAAUGUUCCAUAACAUGAAUGGAAGCAUUCUUUGCUAUGAUAUUCUACUGCAUGUUUUAUUUAGCUCAGGGGAUUCUAGCGAUUACUAACUUUUCUCUCAAGCAGCAUUGGUUGUUUUUUUUUUUUCAUUUUGUCAGUUUGUUUUAAACUUGUACUUAAAUGAUUAUAUCUUGUAUGUUUUAACUUGUUUGUUAAGAUUGAUUUCUAACUUUUUUAACAAUUUUCAUUACACUUAAUGUAAAAUCAAAAUGUGACCAUAACUAAAUAAUGGAUUGAUUUAACAACAAAUAUGAAAAUCUCUUUGCAUGUCUUUACUUAAUUUGUACAUAAAUAAUCUUUGUACAAAAUUUAAAAAAAAAACAAACAAAAAAACCCCAAAAAAUCUUCAAUUUGUGCUCUGAUUUUAGUGUUAAUUUAUUCAAGCUUUGUACAUUUUUGCUGUCCACCCAUUUUUAGAAUAGAUGAUUUUCAAACUGAAAUUCCUUUGUGUCAGUGCAAACUAAUAUUGCCAUUUAUAUAUUAAUGUACUGAGCAGAGCGUGAUAUUGUACUUGGAGACAAUAUUCUUACACACCAAAGAACUGUUUAGUACAACAUCUCAUGCAUAUUUAGCCAUUUUAUUGUUUGCAUACCCAGAGAAAUAUUGUAACCUUAUUUGAACAUGGACAUAUCCUUCGACAAAGUUGUAUUUUAUAUACGUACUAUAACACAUCAAGGUGCUGUGGUCAUUUUUUUCCUCUGUUGUAUUUGUUGUGUGAGGCUUCUAGAAUAGAACAUACUGGGGGCUGAAGGUAUUGGGAUGUGACAUCACCCCUAGACCACGAUCUACAGACAUCUUACAAUUUUGAUUUAUUUCCAACACUUAUCAAGUUCAGUGCCUUCCAAUAUCCCAGUUAUGUACUAGACUAUAACAAAGCUGUCGUGUCAUAUUCUUUCUACCUGUGCAUAAUCCAUGUUCACUUCCGUAGAAAAAAAUUAAUUCAUGGGUAUUUUUCAACUGUUGAUACUAAAUUUAAAAAUGGAACAGAUUACAAAAUAUGUAUUUUGUUUCCAUAAGUACUGGUACUUAUAAAAAAUAUAAGUUAUUUGUUGGACAGAGAUGAAUAUUCAGCAUUAGGACUUCUGUUGAUAGAAAUCCAGCAAUGUCCAUUUGUGGCAUAGAUUUAGAUGUCUCCAUGUAUUUUUAAGGUAUUAUGAAGUGUUUUGUUGGGACUGGCAUAUUCCCAAUCAGUAUGUAUCAGAAAUGUAUACUUAAAAAAAUUUCACAUGAAGAUAAAACUGCAUUUAUAAAGAUUUAUGUGCAUAAACUUUUAUCACAAAUUUAGAUUUUAGAAACUUUUAUUUUAAAGUGGAAAAGUUGAAAAAUUGGAUUUUUUAAAAGUUCUUUUUAUUAAUUCAUUUUUGGUAAUUCUUAAUUUCUACAAUUUUACAUGUAAAAUGUUUGCACAGCCAGUUAGCUAAUGUUUGUGUUGCUUUCAUUGUCAUUCUCAUCCUUAUCAUCAUUGCUCAUCUAAUCAUCUCUUUAUUGCAGACAUUUUAGUGACAUUGUCAAUGUUUUUGUUCUUUGAUAGUAUCAUACAAAAUUAUUUUACUGGAAUAAAAAUUGUAUACAUAAUAA